AUGCUGAACUUCGCAAAGCGUAGCCAUUGGGCUGUCCUUGGCGUCUUGAGCGGCGUCUACGCAGCCAACGUCGUUUUUGACGGUGCCAGCGUGCAGCUCGACGGCAUCUACUACUUCAUCGAUCCACACGUGACCGGGGAGCUGCCUCUGCCUCGUAUUGACCUCGCUGCGGUCACGGCCGGAGGCUUCAUGCCGGUGACGGUGGUCCAGAGCACCGCCGAGGCGACGAGCCUGGACUCGCUGCUUCAAAGCUGGCUUGAGCGCGACGACGUCUUCCAGCCGUCGUUUCUCUGGGGCGGCGUCUACGUGGCUGACGGCCGCUUUCUGUCCGAGUCCUCGCAGCACGCACCCUCGUCCAUGAAGCUCCUCAACACCACCGCGCUGGUGCAGCACCUACCGCCCAACACCACCACCACCACCAGACAACUCCCCUCGGGACCGUACUUUCUCCAUGCACAAACCGGGAAAGUGCACCGCGCGCUGCGGCUGUACGACGACUACGCCGACGCCUUCACCGGGUCCUUGCUGCAGAGCACCGACGGCGGCGGGCGCGUGCAGACGCUGUCGGCGCAGAUUCCCACGGCCAUGACGCUGACCAUGGGCGUGCCCUCGCGGCUGUACUACACGGUGACCGCCGCGCAGCCGCUCGCGGGGGUGCGGCUGGGCGUCAAGGACCUGUUCUGCGUGCGCGGCGCGCGGCGCUCCAACGCCAACCGCGCCUGGUACCACCUCUACGACCUGCCGUGCGAUGCGAGCGCAACCGCCGUGCAGCGGCUGGUCGACGCCGGCGCCGUCGUUGUCGGGUACCAGAUGCUGGCGCAGUUUGCCCUCGGCGACCGCUACACCUCCGACGCCGUCGACAUGCAUCUCCCGUUCAACCCGCGCGGUGACGGCUACGCCUCGCCCGAGGGCAGCUCCUCGGGCGGCGCCGCGAGCGUUGCGGCCUACCCCUGGAUGGACCUCGCGCUUGGCACGGACACGGGCGGGAGCGUCCGCGGGCCGGCCCAGGUCAUCGGCGUCUUUGGCAAUCGUCCCACCGAGGGGCUCGUGUCGCUCGAGGGCGUAACACCGCUGAGUCCGGGCUUGGACACGCCGGGCCUACUGACGCGGGAUCCGGCACUGUGGGACACUGCGCAGCAGGUGCUGUACGGGGAGGGCUAUAAGUCGCUGGCCGGAGUCAAGGCGCCCGAGUACCCAAAGACGGUGUAUUUGUUGAACUGGCCGAAAGGGAAGGGGUAUGACGUGGAUGGCAUGCUGGAUGGGUUCGUGAACGCCGUCGUCGAGGUUACCGGCGCCAAGGUCGAGACCAUUGAUCUCGAGGCGCUUUGGGCGCGCACGCGGCCGAGCGAGGUGGGCGACGUGACGCUGGCUGUGUUCCUCAAUAGCACGUACACGGUGCUUACAGCGACUGACCAGUGGAACCUCGUCGGCAAGCCCUUCUUUGCCGAUUAUGCCAAGAAGCACGGCGGCCGCAAGCCCUUUGUCAACCCGUCACCCCUCACACGCUGGACGUGGGCGCAGACACUGCCUGCCUCGGCCUACCCGGCCGCCCGGCGGCAGCACGUGGUCGCCCGCGCGUGGUUCGGUACGCACGUGCUCGCGGCCACGGGAAACGCGCGCUGCUCGUCGGCGCUGCUGCUGUACAGCGACUACCUCGGGACGCCGAACCCGCGCACGACGAUGCGCGUCAUGCCCGGCGUGCGCGGGCUGCAGGCAGCCUACUGGGCGCCGCUGACGGGCACGCCGGACCUGGCGCUACCGCUCGGUGAGGUUCGCACGCUAAGCAAUGUCACCGGCGAGGCGGAGCCGCUGCCCGUGUCGGCCGACAUCAUGGCCGCGCGCGGCUGCGACGGUCUCCUCACGCGGCUUGCGGCGGAGCUGGUCGCCAAGGGUGCGGUCAAGGUACCCCAGACGGGCGCCAGCUUGAAUGGCGGUGCGGAAAUGCUCUUUCGUCAAUAA